GUGUUGGGGGUCUGGGGAACCCAGCGCUGGAGUGCGGCGGUAAUCGGCUUUACCACCAUGUCCCUGCAGGCUGACUUUGACAGGGUCGCAGAAGACGUGAGGAAGCUGAAAAGGAGGCCAGAUGAUGCAGAACUGAAAGAACUCUAUGGGCUCUACAAACAAUCUGUCAUUGGAGACAUCGACAUUGAGUGUCCAGCAAUGUUAGAUUUAAAAGGCAAGGCAAAAUGGGAAGCAUGGAACCUCCAAAAAGGGUUGUCAAAGGAAGAUGCCAUGAGCGCCUAUGUUUCUAAAGCUAGAGAGCUGAUAGAAAAAUAUGGAAUUUAGAAUUCAGCAGAUGAGAAAUUUUUCCCUUUGAAGUCUUCAUAACGGUAUCAUGACCUAACACUUAGGUGAGAAAUACACCGUGAACUCUUUACGUAUCGUGUGUAUUUUUGCUAUUAACAUGAAUUGUAAUCCUUAAUUAGAAGUAUGCUGAAACUACAUAUUUAACUAAAUUUUACUUGCUAAAACCAAGUGAUUUAAUUUGAAAGUUCUUAAAAAUAAUGCUGCUCUGGGAGUAGGUGCACAAAAACAUUAGCAAGUGUUGGUUCUUUUGUCUUAUCUGUUUUUCUGCAAUGAGUUAGUACUAUUGGUGUAAUGAAAACAGUUUAUUAAGAACCAGUGACAAGGCCCUUCCUUGGUUGUGCCAUGUAGCUUUGGGGUGCACACUGACUCAGGGCUUUCGCAAUCACAGACAUACCUGGUUCCCAUCCUUUCUCUGUGACUUAUUUACUCGGUGACCUGAGACAAGUUACUUAACCUUGCUAAGCCUCAUCUAUAGAGUAGGGAAAAGAAUAUCAGUCUCACGGGGUUGUAAGCAUCGAAGGAGAUAACUGUAAUCAUCAUACCUUCAUUUUAAAGCAAAUGCUGUAUAAAACCACAAAUAAGCCCCAAAUUUUUGUUAAUAAACUUAUGAGUCUAUCUACAACUCUUCAAAGAAAGAAAAAAACCAUCAUGGAGCUAUCAACUAUUUUUCUUUAAAUUUUUACGUUUAAGGUAAAUCCAAAAAUCAGACAGAAAUGUAGUAUCUAGUGAUAAGAAACUGUACAACUGCUGUGCCUCUUAUGUUUAGUUUUAUCAGAGGGAAAAUGUAGAUUCUGGAAUAUCACUUUGGCCCAAUUCUCAGUCUUUCCUGCCGGUACACAGGCUUCCUGAAAGAAGUCAGACUCAUUUUAACAGUUCUAAAAUCUGUUUGAGAGUCCAUAGGAUAAAUAGCCCCAAUACAGUGGACCUGCAUAAGAGUUUAGGUUUGAUAUGGUAUGGCCAGAGAAAUAGAUUGAUUUCAUGUUACUUUAAAAAAAAAAUCUAGAUUGACUAGAUGAAUUUUCAGGGAAUUAUGCUGAGUGAAAAAAUGCCAGU